AAACAUUGGCGUAGUCUGAGGCACCGAGGCAGGAACGGAUAAAACUGUCAGAGGACGGGAGUGAGGAGAGAGAGAGAGCGGACGAGAGAGAGAAAGAGGAGAGGAGUGUGGGAUUCUUCACCAGCCGCGCCUUUUGGGUCUAGAUUGAAUCCGGUGCUCUCGAGGUCGGAUUCUGAUAAAACAGGACGAUUUACAAUUUAAGGAGGGAGCGAUAGUGAGCGGAGCGGAGGCCGAGGCAGCUCACAGGACGAGCGGGAAGUUUACAAAGGAAAAACCGCCCUGAUGUCUUCUUGAGAAAAAAUAGCAGUCGGUGAUGUGCCUCCAUGUGGGAUUUACCAAACCUCCACUUUGAUUCAGACUGAAUGUUUGUACAGGAGAUUUUUCAUUUCUGUGUAUAUUUUUGUUUUAAAUUUUAAGUCUUUUUUUCCUUCAUAGUUUUCUCAUUUGGACAUUAUGACUUCACAUACAGGAUGCAGAGUUGAACAGAUGUAAAAGACAUUUUUCCUGGAAAUGUGGAUUUCUUCUUCUAAAGUCUGUUCACUCUUUAAAAUUUGAUGGAUAUUUCUGCUUACCCUUUCGAGUUGUUGGAGGAUCAAACCCAAACACCAAGCAUAGUUUUCCCAGUUUGAAUAAUUCAUGACAUAGAGUGUCCCUUCAAGGGGUGGAAAAAAGUUAGGACAGUAUACUGGGAGGGGGAAUAAUAAGCAGACUGGUACAAAGUGGUGAGGGGGGAUGGCCACGGCUGCUUCCAAUCCCUACCUGGCGAGCAACAGUGUUCUCUCAUCAGGCUCCAUUGUGCCCUCAGAGUCCGGAGGUGGUGGCAUGCAGCCGGGAAGUGGUGCCGUAACUUCUGUGUCAGGUGGAUACAGAGGAGAUCCUGUGGGCAAGAUGGUGCAGAGUGACUUUAUGCAAGGGAGCAUUGCUGCCAGUAAUGGGGGACACAUGUUAAGUCAUGCCCACCAGUGGGUCACCUCGCUUCCUCAUGCCGCUGCCGCCGCUGCAGCAGCAGCUGCUGCCGCCGCAGCCGAAGCUGGCUCCCCUUGGUCAUCAAGCUCUGCCGGGAUGGCGGGCAGUCCCCAACAACAAGAUGUUAAAGCUAGUUCCAAUAGAGAAGACCUGCAUUCGGGUGCUGCACUGCACCACCGCCCUCCACACAUAGGCACUCACCAGUCCCACCAAAGUGCUUGGGGUGGCACAACAGCAGCACAUAUUAGCACCAUCACUGGGGCACAACAGCAGUCACAACAGUCUCUCAUUUACUCUCAACCAAGUGGGUUCACCGUCAAUGGGAUGCUGAACCCGGCUGGGAGCUUGGUCCACCCAGGGUUGAUGCGUGGCGACUCUCCAGAGAUGGACCACCACCAUCACCAUCACCACCACCACCAGCACCAGCAUCCUCACCACCAUCACCAGCAGCACCAUGGUGGUGUCAACAGCCAUGACUCCCACUCUGAUGAGGACACACCAACCUCUGACGACCUGGAACAGUUUGCCAAGCAGUUCAAGCAGCGUCGGAUAAAGCUUGGCUUCACGCAGGCUGAUGUUGGCUUGGCCCUGGGGACCCUCUAUGGCAAUGUCUUCUCACAGACCACCAUCUGUCGGUUUGAGGCCCUGCAGUUGAGUUUCAAAAACAUGUGCAAGCUAAAGCCCCUCUUAAACAAGUGGCUUGAGGAAGCUGACUCGACCACAGGCAGUCCCACCAGCAUUGAUAAGAUUGCAGCACAGGGCAGGAAGCGCAAGAAGCGCACCUCAAUUGAGGUAAGCGUGAAGGGGGCCCUGGAGAGCCACUUCCUCAAGUGUCCCAAGCCCUCGGCGCAGGAGAUCACCUCCCUGGCGGACAACCUGCAGCUGGAGAAGGAAGUCGUCCGGGUGUGGUUCUGCAACCGCAGGCAGAAGGAGAAGAGGAUGACGCCGCCUGGAGUCGGCCAGAGCCCGGAGGACGUGUACUCUCAGGCUGGCAACGUGAGUGCAGAUACACCGCCUCCGUCCAUGGACUGCAAACGAGAGUUUUGUGAUAGAUUGCUUAAAAGAUGCAAGUUUGAAAGGUGAACCAGAUGACCAGGUGGGGAUCUCUUCGUGCUCCUAUCGCCAGAUGGUUCUGGCCCAUUGACACUCCAACCAUGAGCAAACACCAGGCUAGAUUCUUCUCUUUUUUUCUUUUUUUUUUUCUUUUUAUGGAUUGCCCUUAAGAGAAAGUAGAUAUAUAAGAGACACGGACAUCAGCAUCAGCGAAGACAAACGAGUUUCACGACCCAACGCAAUUUUACGUGAAGGAAUAACGUUAUUUGUAUUAACAAAAGGGAAUUGUCUAAUUGCCUCGAGUACUGACUCUGGUCCACGUCCAGGAGAUUUAGUCUGCUGCAAACUUCUGCUUUUCUAUUACGUUUUUUUUUUGUGGACCGCACUUCUGUGAAUAGUUUUCACACAGGGAAAGCACUAAAGGGGACAACAAGGAUACAAAAACUGCACUUACUCCUUAUUCAGCCUACUCUAUUGUAAACACUUUCUCUUCUUUUUUUUUUAUUUAAUUUUAUUUGAUGCUGAUUUUUUUGGCUGAAUAAUUGUGGACUCCCCUUCCUUACUGCUAUUUCCACGCAGUAAUUUUGACGACUUUUGAUAAGUGUAAAUUUGGCAAUAUGAAUUCUCAGUGGUGAUCGACUUGCUUUAUAUUUUUCACUGAAAUCCCAGUUUGGAAUAUUUUCUGAAGUUCCCCCCGAACUGUGGCGAGCUGUGAGCUUUAUCUUAGACGUAGCAUUUCCAUGUGCAUCGUUUCCCUCUCUCCUUUUAAUUCUCAAUGAUACUCUAUACACUCAGUAGUCCACCAAGAUUGUUAUUAAAUUUGCCUACAGAGCAGCACAUUAAGGAACCUGAUAGGUCGACAAAUCAUUGUCAAAACAUAUCUUUUUUAUUUUGUUUUAAUUUCUGUGGUUGUUAUUUAAGAUCAGUAUUGAGUCAGUCAGAGGUGAUUGAGAAUAAUAAAUUUGAUAGAUCUGA